CGUGCACGCCUCGUGCAAGCACAACGGUGACCUCGCUGGGCAAUAAACCAACAAGGUUGUCGAUAACCACCACAGUCCCCCCGAAAUAUAUACGAAAUGGCCUCUAUCAGUGGAUCGCUACUUCGCCAAAGAAUACGCUCCGCUGCCUCUCCACCUGCAAGUGUGAAACUGGGAAAUGGCUCUGACCACGACUACUUCAGCGACGACACUAACGGUCACACUGGGAAUGGAAAGCAACCUUAUGUAGAAAACGGGCACGAUGGCGUCUCUUCAGCUUCCCAGUACGAGUCCGGUAGCGACUCUGGCGAUGACACCACCCCAGGAGCAUCUGUCAUAGGGGAUGCUACUCACAUGGAUGGAAGCGCAGUAUCCACGCCACUUUCUCAUCCAGCAAAAGAUUCAGAUACAAAUGGUGGAAUUGCUCCUGACUCUGGAACACCAAGCAGAAGCUGGAAUGAAUUCGACCUUUCUGUUGUGGUCGCUCUCGUGUCCCCUAUAGGCAAUUGGUUGACAGGAGGAGAUCACGUCAAAAAUCUCUUUCUGAUACUCCUGCUAAUCUUCUAUUUACAUCAAAUCAUCGAAAUUCCUUGGAGUUUGUAUCAUCAAGCGAGACCUCGCCGCCGUCCUCAACCUCUUCCCAAAGACGCUUCCACCGAAGAUCGUUUUCAUAACAUUGCGACUUCCGAGUUGCACCAGCUGGAAUCCUUCUUUCUUGCAACGACCGUGGCAUCACCUCUGUUAGGUGCUAUCCUCCUUCGCGUCGUGAUCACCUCAGUGUCGGGUCCUAGUUCAAUAUCAUGGUUUAGCACGUCUCUCUUUGUACUCGCAACGGGUAUACGGCCCUGGAAACAUGCAGUUGAACGGCUCCGUAAACGAACGUCAGACCUGCAUGACGUUAUCCAUUACCCCGCCUCUCCCAGUCAGGAUAUACAAGCGCAACUGGAGGCUUUGGUAGAACGUGUGGCACAACUAGAAAACGAGGCAAAGGCUGCGAAAGAAGUAGCAAAUGACACGAGAGAUGAGUUGUAUGACCACGUGGAUGAGGCAGUUGAGGGUGUAGAAAAGAUGAUUCGAAAACAAGAGAAGAAAUGGGAUGUUGCACGAAUUGGUCAGGAGCAACAACUGGCGAAGAUCGAGCAGAAUGUAGAGACGCUAUUGGAGAAGAAAGAAAUAGAUGGGGCAGCGAUAAGUUUCAGUAAGACGUCGGCACAUGCCUCGACGCUCUUCUCGGCAGUGGUCGAACAACUCUCACCUAUCCUCCCUUUCUGGAUGGUACCUGAUCCACACAAAGAAAAAUCGCAUCCACCGCGUUCACCCAAAACGAGCCGCUCGCGCAAGGGAUCGCAUCUGGAGACGAUCCCUGAGGGUUCAGUGUUCAACACUAAGCAGUCUAAGCGGCGCCAGUCUCGCUUUCAUGUCCCCGGGCUCAAUCUAGUGCUACGCAUAGGGGACCUCGCUGCCCUGCCCGUGCGCACAAUUGUGCAAUAUCUUCUAUCAGGUCGUAUCUAUACACCUCGUCGGCCGCUUUCAUCAUCAUCGCAGUGAAAAACACGUGUAGUUCCAGCAUUCCUGAUUUGGUCAUAGUUCCUUUGCUAUUUAUCUCAUAGACCGUGGCCUAGCACGUUCGGAUUCACAGCUCGCAUCGUAUUAUAUAUCGCCUUGUUCUGCAAGUCUCAUGAUUCACGAAAUACAUUCUAUAAGUACUGUAUAGCUUGUACUAGAUACACCUUUUGUAACAGCUAUGAGUUGAGUGUUGUGUUCUAUCUUAUCUUUUAUUCUAGU